AUGCCGCCACAGCCACGUGCACCUAUCUCAACUUCCGGGCUCCCCUCCCGCUCCAAGACAGGCUGCGGCUCUUGCCGCCGGCGCAAGAAGAAAUGCGACGAGACGCACCCCGUCUGUAAUGGCUGCCAGCGCAACAAUCUGACCUGCACAUGGCCCGAACAAUCCCCCGACAGCAGCCAAGCCCCACAGACACGACGGCCCCGACGACGACAGAAUCUCGCAGACGGUGGCAAUCGUCUAUCGCCCGAGCUAGCCGCCAUGGUGACCGUAUUCGCGACGCCAAGUGAUCAGCUGGUGCGUCGGCUACUGACUCAUUUCUCGCAUUUCGGGCCAACCUGGCUGACGAGCCGGAUUGGGAACGGACGUACGCGCAUCCUGGGUCAUUUGUUUCCCGAGACGAUGGAGAGCCCGUUGAUUUCGAACUGUGUGUUGAUGGUUGCGGCCGGGGAUUUGGUCAAGUACGACCCAUUCGAUGUGCGGGUUCAGGCGGCCGCGGUGGAGUUCUAUGGGGCAGCGGUUGAAGGGCUCAGAGGGGCUGUUGGAAUACAGGGAUCGAGAGAGGAUGUCUCCGGUAGGUUGUGCCUUUGCUUCCAUUCCUUUGUUUCUGUUAGGGCUCGUCGGGGUCGUGACUUUCGUACAUGUGACGAGGGCACGUACUAA